GCGUAUCGACGCCACUUGAGAAACCGCCCGCCCCCGAGGUGCAACAAACAGCAAAGCUCCUCCUCUUCCCUUCCGCCAAUGGCCGGCCGUCUGCUCAUGUGCGGCGCCCUGCUCGCCGUGCUCGCCGUGCUGGCGUCCACCCUGCUGGUGGACGCGGGGCCACCGCCGCCCCACAAGCCGCCGCCCCCGAAGGCGGGGCACCACUGGCACAUGCCGCACCCGCACCUGCCCAAGAACUGGCACGUGCCACACCCGCACCUGUCCCCGGCGGCGCACGCCAAGCUGCAGAAGAUCAAGAACUGCCUGACGUCGCAGCUCAAGGCGUUCCCGGGCGGCGCGGCCAAGGUGCUGGGCGUGUGCGUGCCCACCGUCACCAUGGGGCCGCCCGCCUUCGGCUCGUGCGUGGCGGGCAAGGGCAUCAUGUCGGCCGCCCGCGCCACCAGUCACUUCGCCGCCUGCGUCGGCUAGCGUCGCUGACGCGCUCUCCGGACGCCCCCCCCCCCUUCCCCCUCCAGCCACCCCCAGCUACCCCCAGCGUCACAGCAUUAAUCCCAUUUCUGUUUCUUGUUUUUCUUUUUUUCUGAGAGAAUGUUUUGAUGUAUGCUGCAGGGCUCCAAAACUAAGCUUAACCCAAAACAAAUCGUUACUUAAAUAAAGUGACAGAGGGAAAAAAAGUGAAAAAUAAAGUUAUGCUUUGUAACAAUUAAGUCCCUUGUGCACUUUUCGAACAAAUUUCCCAAAGCUUCAAGAGGUUAAGAGUUACAAGGAACAUAGCUUUGACGGAUGAGAUAGCGUUAAAGAACUAACUAGUCUUUGAUAUAGACAGGGAUGUGGGAUGUCGGUGACCCAUGUGGAAUAAAUGAGAGUGAAUAAGGC